CUUCAAACAGAUUUCGAAAAGACAGCUGGGAGCACCUGCACGGGAAGAGAUGAGCGGCGACCGGUUCCCCGUGGAGGUGAAAGCCCUAGGCUUGCUGAAGCAUGGGAAACAGAAGGCCUACAUGCUUUCUGUGUCCUGGUCAGAUCACACCAAUAUCCUCAUCUACAGGACGUUUGAAGAGUUUAAGAAGCUCCACAAAGAACUGAAGAGGAAAUUCCCCAUUGAAAGCGGCCUGCUGAAGAAAUCAGAACGCACCAUCCCGAAGUUUCAAGCUGCACACCUGAGGCAGAGAAUGGAUCGGAAUCGGAGACAGAGUUUGGAGAGACUGAAGCUGCUGGAGAUUUACUGCACGGAGCUCCUGAAAGUGAAGGCCAAAAUCUCCCAAGGGGAAGACGUGACCCGUUUCCUUGAAGCACAGAGCCAAGACUUAGACCCUUCCUUCCCAGAAAACAGCGUCAUAAUCUUGCCUUCUGAAACGAGAGAGAGGAAAGAGGACACACCCAAGCCCUCCACCCCAACCAUCACGCAGCCAGUCAUCUCCCAAAGUUACAGCUGCAUCGAAGCCUUCGAAACCAAAGACACGAAGAACAGGCCCUUCCACGCCACCAAGGGGGAGAACCUCGAAGUGCUGCUGAAAGACAGAACAGGAUGGUGGCUAGUGGAAAAUGACCAGAAGCAAAUUGCCUGGUUCCCUGCCCCGUAUCUGGAGGAGACGGAGGAAGCAUCUGUCGUCAGAGAAACCAACGAAGAAGAGUUCCUGUAUUACAUCAAACGGUCCUACAAGGCGAGGAACCAGGAUGAACUUUCUGUGAACAUAGGGGUAGUUGUGGAAGUGCUGGAGAAGACAGACAACGGCUGGUGGCUCGUCUGGUACAACGGGAGAGCUGGCUACGUCCCGUCCAUGUUCCUCCGGCCGUACAAAAACCCGCACAGCAAAUUCCUGGCUCUCGCCCACAGCAACCUAUGCGUCUCCACCCCAAACCUCUCUGAUGUCACCACCCCCUUCAGAAGGAAUGCCCCAAACCAGCGGAAAGGCGAUCACCUGGACGCACCCCAGCCUCGCUCGACAAGCGACGCGGAAGGAGAGAAAGACAGCCCCCUGAGUCGAAUCAGGUCUCGAUCUCUCAAUGGGGUUGACCAGGACAGCUUGUCGGAAAGCUCCGGAAGCGGUAGUGAGCAGGGAUUGUACUGGGCCCGGAAAAUAGAAGCCCAGACAUCUACCAGCCCGCCUCAGGGGGUCAUCUACCAGCCCGCCUCAGGGACCCAAGACAGGCCUUCCACACUUCUCGACAGCAAGAAGUGGAGCGACUCCGGCUUCGGUGAGGAGCCAUUUGCCUGUGCGGAUGAUUCCCUCUGCUCCUCCUGUGACUCCGAGGGCUCUCCCGGUGGCCCCACGGUGCCCACGAGACCCUCAGACCAUGAAAUCCUCCAGAAAUGCAGCACCAUAACCAAAAGGGCCGUGCAGAGGGCCCGGCCCCGACCCACUCUGCCCACCUGCUCUCAGAGCCACCACUGA